CUCACGCCCGCGCACACCCACACCGAGAGACGCGGGGUGCGGGGUGCCCACUUUCUGUCUCUCUCUCUCUCUCCUUCAUCGCCUUCAGCGCAUACGUGGAGGCGAAAAGAAAACGCACUGCACAAGAACCUCAACGCUAAACAUGAGUGCAAGUGCGUUGAAAAGCAUGACAGCGAACGUUUCUCUUCAAUUAGUGGUGAUGGUGGUGAUGGUAGUGAUGGUGAAGGGGGAGGAGGUUACUGUGAACGCUACUGCUGCGCCUCCUGCAGUAGACCCCCUGGCAGGACUGUUCGUGAGGCAGGAGUCAGCCAUUAGGAAGCUGGAUGGCCUGACAGCGAAGAUGGGCAAAUUAGAUGACCUUGAGAAAAAGAUCGAUGUCAUUUCUUCGUUUCUUCAAGAGCGCGAAGUGAAUCUGAAGGAGCUGGUGGAGUCCUUGACCGCCAGGAUGGAGGGCCUGGCAGGAAAAGUGGAGGAAAUGCAUGGAAGACUAGUGAAAGUGGACGAGGAGGUGGUGGAGGUGAAGGAAAGCGUGGGUGUAUUGGUUGAGAACAUAGGGGAUGUUGAUGGUAAGGUGGAGGCCCUUGGAGAUAAAGUGGAGGAUGUGGAUGGGAGACUACUGGAGCUUAGGGAAGUAGUGGAGGGGACAUGGGUGGAGGUAAACCAGACACUGCAACAACAGCAAAAUGAGGUGGAAAUGAUGGAGAUGACACUCAGCAAGACUAGCAUCAUCACCAACUCAUCUCCACUCGACCUCACAUCCCUCCUGCUGAACCUGACAGAGCGAGUCGAGGAGGGUCUGCAGGAGGGGAGUGCCAGUGCCAGACAGUGCCAGGAGGCCGUGGGGCACCUUAGGACCCUAAUUGAACCUUCCAUCAAUACGACACACCACCUCACAGCAGCAGUCAUCAACCGCAUUAGAACUUCAAACUUAGCAAUGGACAAAAGACUUGGGGCGGUUCUCCACGCUCUGUCCCUCCGUCACCGCCACCUGCAGGACGGCUUCCACUCCUCACUUUCCUUCUUCCACGCACGCCUCGCCACGCACCUCCAGGAAUCCUUCAAAAGCGUGGAGACUAAAGUGGAGGAGGUGAAGGAGGUUGUCGCCAAUGAAACAAAGGAGAUUAUUAAAUCCACCAACAUCUCCACUAUCUCCACGGAGUCUCCCUCGCAGGACUUCCACCUUCAGGACUACCAAGGCAUCCUUCAGGAAACUCUCGACAGCAUCCUACAGGUGUCUAAUCUAACCCUUCAUCGCCUACUACAGGAACACAAGGAGGUGACUGAGGAGGUACAGAAGGAGGAGGAAGAAGAAGAGCAGGAGCAGCAGCAGCAGCAGGAGGAGGAGGAGGAGGAGGAAGAGGAGGAGAAGGUGGAGGAAGAAGAAAGGCCACCUGUGUGUAUUGUAGCGGGACAAGGCGCUAUCAACACCACCACCAUUUCUACCGCAACCACCAUCACCGCCACAGAACUCCAAGAUGCGGUGAGGGAGGCAGUGGGAGAGAGGCUGGUGCAGGUGGAGGAACAGUUAGCGGGACUCAGGAUAUACCUCUCCACUAGUCUUCACGUCCAGGCCAACCAGGUAGAGGAGCGAAUGGCAGAAGUAGAGGCGGGGCUGUUCCGGGCGGUGCGGGAGACACUCAAUAAGUCCAACAGAGGCCUUGAGAAGCUGCGGAAGGCUUCACUUGGGUACUUAGACGCCGCCGUGACCAGCAUUUCCUCUGCAGCAGUGGCGUCAGCGCAGGCCACGGCGGAUCACCUGACGGAGGCCGUGCAAGAGGUCGCUCUCUCUCUCACGCGGCGGCUGUUUCAGGUGGAGGUGGCAAUACGCGCUGCAGUGGGUGGAGGAGACACGGGAGGCGCUGACGGUGAAGACGCCCUAGAUUGGAAGCGGUGGUGGUGGUGGUGGUGGUGCCCGGCGGCGGCGGCAACGAAGAGCAACGAGGGCGGUAGUGGUUCCUGCAUCAGUGCCUUGCCAGGGGGCGCCUCCAGUUGGGUCUCUGCCAGGGCGCGCUGCAGGGCCGUGGGUGGGGACCUCGUCAGUAUACCACCCACAGACUUCACUCUCCACCCGCUAAACCCCUCCGCCCACUCCUCCACCCCGUCCCUGCCUCCCUACUGGCUUGGCGGGCGUAAGGUUCUGGGGGAAUGGCGGUGGGUGACUGGGGCGUUAGUUGAGGGAGAGGUGAGUGAGAGCGGGGCCGAUGGGGAGAGUGGGGAGUGUCUGGUGGUGAGUGGUGAAGGUGGUGGUGUGAGGAUGGCUGCCGUGCCUUGCCACAUGCCACGUCCUGCCCUGUGCCAGCUGCCCCCUCCUCCUGGUGACGCUGGACCGCCCCUCGACCCUGUGAGCAAUGAGGUGACGCCCAUCGCCGCCCACCGCUACCUGACGCCCGAGGAUCUUCAGUUAGCGUAGUCUUCUUCCUCUUUUUCCUUUUUCCUUCUAUUUCUUCUGCGGCGCCGUGUGACCUCCUUGUGGUGACGCUUGACAUCUCUCCAUCCAUCAUGCAAUCAAGGUUUUCUGCGUCAUGUUUUGACGGAUAUUCUCUUCUUAGGUCUUCUCUCGCUCUUUUAUCUUUUUCUUCUUUCUGUCUUCCCUUUGCCACUUUUUUUUGUCUCUCUUCUUUACUUCGGUCAUCAUUAAAAUGUCAUUGUUUACAUCAAUUUCUCCUUUUGGUACUUUUGCUUUUCAUACACCUUGCCUACACUUUACCUUAGCUACCCAUAAAAUUAACUUUGUUUACUUCUGUUUUCUCUCACUCGCGUGCUCAUUCUCUUCACUAUAGCAAGGCAAAGAGAAUGUAUUCUCUUUACCUUAAUACAUAGUCUGCGAAACGUCUUUUAUCAAACACUUCUGUCUUUGUUAGUUUCUGGUGACUCUUAAGAGCUCUUCUUUGUAAGUCAUUUGUAACCCUUCUCACAUUUGGCUGCAACACGCUUUGCUCACUGUUAAGCGUUAUUUCUUUAUUCAAAUUAUUAUAACCACUAUUUUUGCAAUUUAUCUAUAUAUCUAUCUGCCAACUGUCACAAUGUCUUCAGUAGGUGGCUGCGGUAGCAGGCUUCCUUUGAUCGUGUCCUGAAACCUGACGCAGCGUGCUCUGAUUCCGUCACGCCUCCUCCCAGUGGUGAACAGACGUGUUUGGCAACGCCCUUAGCUAAAGUUUGCUCUCCCACAAGGCCUAAAUGCAAUCUCUGCCUGACCCACAAUCCUAAAUUUGUGUAUUUGUCUUGUUCAUCAACAGUCAUUUAGAGAUGUUGCACUUAUUGGCAGUUUGUUUAUGAUUUCUGACACCGUCUGGCCAGCCUGAGACACAACCACUACGCCCACCGCUUCUGCACGCUGUCCUCACGUCAAGGAUCCACUGGAGGUUGACCUUCCAUCCUCACCACUAGCUGCACCCAUCACACCCACACACUCUCCUAUCCUACCACACUCAUGCACCCUGCCUUACUCAUUCCUGGGGACUGGCUAUGUACAAUUCACUUGUUUAAAAAAAAGUUUACAGUGAUAUGUAUACCCACAUAAUAUCAAUGUAUUGUAUGUAUACAUACUUUUAAGCUUAUCACGAC